GUCAUGCAUCGAGGCGCGCGAAAGGCAACCUGGGAAGAGUAGUUCGUCCGGGUACCUAUCGGUAUCGCCAGCGCGGCAGAAGCUGUUUUCGCGGCUGGAGCCCGGGGUCGAGUAAGGGUGUGCUCGGAGGAGAAAGGGCGCGAAGGGAAACGGUGAGUCAGGCGCGGGCUACGCGAUAAAGGGAGGCGGCACCGCAGCGCAGGCCCAGUUUAGUAACUGCGGCUGCGAGCCGAGUGUCCUGGGACGCCGCUGUGUCUGUGUCGGCGUCGGCGAGGGAGGCGUGAGGAGGAGCCGGGCUCCUGCAGCCGUUCUCGCCCUCGGCGCCCCGCCGCCAUCUCCACCAUGCAGUCCCGGGAAGACGCCCCGCGCUCUCGCCGCCUCGCCAGUCCCCGCGGCGGGAGGCGGCCCAAGAGGAUCUCCAAGCCCUCGGUGUCGGCCUUCUUCACGGGCCCGGAGGAGUUAAAGGACACGGCCCACUCUGCAGCCCUGCUGGCCCAGCUCAAGUCUUUCUACGACGCGCGGCUGCUGUGCGAUGUGACCAUCGAGGUGGUGACGCCCGGCAGCGGGCCCGGCACGGGGCGCCUCUUCUCGUGCAACCGCAACGUGCUGGCGGCGGCGUGCCCCUACUUCAAGAGCAUGUUCACGGGCGGCAUGUACGAGAGCCAGCAGGCCAGCGUGACCAUCCACGACGUGGAUGCCGAGUCCUUCGAGGUCUUGGUCGACUACUGCUACACGGGGCGCGUGUCCCUGAGCGAGGCCAACGUGCAGCGCCUGUACGCGGCCUCAGACAUGCUCCAGCUGGAGUACGUGCGCGAAGCCUGCGCUUCCUUCCUGGCCCGCAGGCUUGACCUGACCAACUGCACUGCCAUCCUCAAGUUUGCCGAUGCCUUUGACCAUCACAAGCUGCGCUCCCAGGCCCAGUCCUUCAUAGCUCACAACUUCAAGCAGCUCAGCAAGAUGGGUUCCAUUCGGGAAGAGACGCUGGCCGAUCUGACCCUGGCGCAGCUGCUGGCCGUCCUGCGCCUGGACAGUCUGAACGUGGACAGUGAGAAGACGGUGUGUCACGUGGCCGUGCAGUGGCUGGAGGCUGCUCCCAAAGAGAGGGGCCCCAGUGCUGCGGAAGUCUUCAAGUGUGUUCGCUGGGCACAUUUCCCUGCUGAAGAUCAGGACUACCUGGGAGGGCUACUGACCAAGCCCAUUGUGGAGAAGUACUGCCUGGACGUUAUUGAAGGGGCCCUCCAGCAGCUGCGUCUUGGUGAUGGAUUGCAAAAGUCUGUGGUGCCGGUGACAAGCAACAGCAGCAGUAGCAGUAGCUGCUGCUGCAAUAGUAAUAGCAGCAAUAAUAAGAGCACCAGCAGCACUGCCUUCCCUGUAGAAGAAAAUCCGCCCCAUAGAUUAACUGGUGUUUAUCCUUUCUGCCUUGAAGCUGGUCAGAAUUUCCUGGCUGAAGAAGAAGCAAUACCUAGACAAUCUAGCAUCAGUUGGGACUUAGGUGGCUUGGGUGAGCGGGACUGUCACUCAGGAAGUUCAAGUUCUCUUUAUGACGAAGAUUUUGGGUUGUAGGUA